CGGCGGGAUGAUUGGAUUGCAUCGAUACUUGAAGUUAUUCAACCAAUGACGUUCCUCAACUAUCAUAAAUUCCUAACUACGAGUUUCCGUGGUUACAGUGUCAAGAAACUGCUUCCGAAGUACGAUGUAAUAAUUGUCGGUGGUGGGAUGGUUGGAUUUGGUUUGGCUGCCGUUGCGGCGGCUUCCAAAUUUCUCGGUAAGAAAAGCAUUCUAUUGCUGGAAAGUUCCGGUAAAAAAAAGUAUCAACGUAAAGAAGAAUAUGAAAAUCGUGUUGUUGCUCUUAACGACCUUUCCGUAAACAUGCUGAAAAAUAUUGGUGUUUGGGAAUUUAUUCAAUCAUUCCGUUCUCAGCCUGUAAAUAAAAUGAAAGUAUGGGAAACAAAGUCAAACCUUUACUUAACGUUUCAACGCAAUCCCUUGGCAUAUAUAGUAGAAAAUGAUUUAGUUAUUGAAUCACUUCGUAAUUAUUUGGAAUCUAAUAAUAAUUCUUCAAAUGUGACAAUACUAUAUGAAACGCAAGCUGAAAACAUUCAGCUGCCUUCUUCAGAUCAUCCAGAACAUUUAGUUCGUAUAGACGUUCAACAGAGGACACAGGAUAAACGGGAAACUGUUGAAACAGAUCUACUUAUUGGUGCUGAUGGGUUCAAUUCACUUGUCCGUAGAACAGCUAAUAUUCAUACAAUUGGUUGGAAUCAUAAUCAAAAAGCUAUUGUAGCAACUUUAAAAUUGGAACAGGCUAAUAAUGAAUCUAUCGCUUGGCAAAGGUUUCUACCAACAGGCCCAGUUGCAUUACUCCCAUUGUCAAAAGAAUAUUCAUCAUUAGUUUGGAGUACAACUUCGUAUGAAGCUGAUCGUCUUAUGAAUUUAAAAGAUUUAGAUUUUAUUAAAGAGUUGAAUGACUGUUUGGUAAGUUGUGUUGAAAUUCUUUGAUUCAUGCUUUUAUAUGUACUUACUAUUCAAUGAGUAAAUGGGAAAUUUCUUUGUAAUAAGCUCAUGUAAAAUUAAUUAAACCUCAUACAACUCUCCAAACAACUAAUUAUUUGUGGAACCUUACUUUUUUUGAAGGUCCGAUAUUAAAAUCUCUGUGUUUUAGAACAUUUCAUUCAAUUUGAUAUAUUAAAGCCACUAUGCUAAUGUUACGGUCUUUAACUAUUGUAAUAUUCAAUAAUUCCCUCAUAUUUGUUUAUCUUUGCUGAAUUAUAUCCCACUUCUUCCCGAUAUUUUUUUCUUUCGAGAAAUAUGUAUUCUUUUCUUCAUUUGUUAGACUAAACCUAAUGAAUCGACGUCACAAAUUGGUGCACUUUUCAAUAAGAUGGGACAAUGUUUUGCUAGUGUUGUUGAUUACUUUGGUAAUCAAAUAAAAUCUACAGACAAUGAAAGUGAAUCCAACUCAUUUUCAACACCAACAGUAUUAUCGAUUCAACCAAAUACGAAAAGGGCUUGUUUCCCUCUAGGUUUUCAACAUGCCACAUUUUAUUCAGCUCCUCGUGUGGCACUAGUGGGGUAUGUUAAUCAUUUAAAUACGUAUUUAAACAAUAAUAUCAGUGAAUUUUACUGCUUGCAUCAUAGCCAUUGACCUUUGUUAGAUAACCACUGGAAAACUAAAAGCAGUGGAUAGCCAUUUUGCCUUGGUAUGGGAUUUCUCAACAGUGAGCACCUAUGACCCUACCGGCAAUAAAACACACUGCCUUCCAGUCUUGGAGAGUAAACUGUAAAAUACUAUUAGUUUGAUGGAGUAGUUUUUAACGCUACUUAUCAAUCAAUUGUUAUCUAUUAUGUUCGUUUCUAAGUGAGUCAGUCAUCUAUGAGAUGGUAUACACAUCCUGAGUAGCAAGAGAGUAAGUUUAUAUAACACAGAAACAAAUAUAUAUAUACAAUCAUAACGCUAUAGGGCAAAUAAUUCCUAGGAAAGUCAGAUAU